CUUUCUAGCAGGAAAAUUGAAGCUUCCUUUUCUGAAGGUUGAAGACCAAAGCAGGCAAUUCCGACCCUUCUAUCACCAGUUCAAAACCUUUCCUGACCUGAACUUUCUGGCGCCCAAAAACUCCAGCCCAUUUGAGCCUCUGAAAAGCCUCUCAAAUUCUUGCAGGCCCAGGGACCUGGAGGGUUGUCCAAUGCGCAGUGAGGGAGAAAAGAGCCACCGGUCCACGCCAGUCACUGUGCCAAAGAGGAAGAGGGGAUUUUGCGAGUGCUGCCAAGAGACCUUUGAAGAACUGCAAAAUCAUCUGCAGAGCCUCCAGCACAAGCAGUUUGCACUGGACGACUCUCAGUAUGCCCCUGUGGAUCACAUUGUCUCACAGCUCACCAAGAACUUCGUGGAGCAGUUGGCCAAGGUGCCAUGGUCCUGCUUGACAGAUGAACACUUAAUGCCUCGAGCACAAGUUACCGGAGGAAAUGAGAUGCUGACAGCCGAGCCGGGCAGGGAGAGCCAGCAGGCUCCUGUGGAACUGGUUACUGAUGCAGACGCUGAUCCUGGCCUGAAGAUGAAGGGUUGUACUGCUCACCUGCCCAGUAACAGGGUUGGGAAUCUCAGAAAACCAAGGGGAUUGUCUGGGAGCUGCUCUCCAGGGCUUCCUGUUGGAGCAGGACUUGGAGGAGUCUGUGGUGUGCAGGGCACCAUGGAUGGGUCUGUUGGGGUGCUGGGCAGAGAUUCGGACAAGGCUCCCAGCCUGGGCAAGGAGUCUCACGUAGAAGCUGCUCAGGGUGGAAUCGCGUCGCCUGAACCUUGGAAACAGCAGGUGUUGGGGCCUGUGGGGUGCCUUGUGCGAGAGCUGCCGGCCGCCAGGAAGCGCCAGCUCUGCAGGCGGAGCAGCCGGGUGGAAAAGAAGCCCAGGCUGGAGCUGGGUGGUGACUUCUCUCCCUACGAGCAGACGAGGCAGGUGCAGAGAGCCCGGCCCAUUCCUUCUAUCCUGGAGGUUUUGAGGGGUAACUACACGUAG